AUGUACGGAGCCCUAGUCACGGUAUCGAUCAGUAUAACUGUGGCCGUGACUGUUUGGAAAUAUUUUAUAUAUCCGCUGUUCCUAUCCCCUCUAGCUUCUGUUCCAGCAGUCAGUCCAAUUGCGCGCUUCUCGGCGCUCUGGAUUGAGUGGCAAAGGCUCGAUGGAAAGGAUUUCCAAAGAAUCUCGGCGGCGUUUGCGGCUAAGGGACCGUAUGUGCUGAUAUCGCCACAGGAGCUCGCCCUCAAUGAUAUGCAUGCCGUCAACUGUGUAUGGGGCGCCGGCUCAGCCGGCUUUGACAAACACCCGUCUUACGAGUACUGGGCUACGCAAGGUCGCGUAUUGCCUGUGCUCGACAGAGUGGCUUCAUCUCCAGAAGGCGCCACUCGUAUACUGCCAAUCGCCCAGUCCAUGUCUCUUGACUGUACCUCGGCGUUCGCGUUCGGCAUUCCACUUUCUCUCGACUUUGUUCUUAAUGCAAAGGCACGGAGGGAAUGGUUGGACCUGUUUGCAACCGCGUUUCCGACUGACCAAGCUUCCUUCUGGCUUCGAGAGCAUCCGCGUCUCACGAAAUACCUUUUUAUGCUCGGAGUAUCACUUGUAUCGAAAGACAUGGCUCCAGCACGUCGCAAGUUUGAAGCUUGGGCAUUACCAAGAGUCGACGGUGCCGAAGAAGUUUUGAAGAAGAGGGAUAUGGGACAGGCCAUAGAAGCAGGCCAGCUGCCAGUCUUAUACGACGCUAUACCUAGCGAUCUGGCAAACUCUCAGAUGAAAGGAAAGAAACUAGGCUUUACAAUGACUGAAGCCCAACGUCGGGAACUUGCGACCUUCACUGCCGAAGCGUUCGGCACCGUCUCCACAUACAUGGUCUAUGAGCUCUCACAUCAUCUGGAAGUUCAGUCUGAGCUCAGAGAGGAAUUGCGCUCGACUACAAACCCGCUCAUAGGCGCUGACAGCCCAACUGAUAUACCCGAUUCCCAAUCUCCGGAGCAGCUGCCAUUGAUCGGCGCUGUUGUCAAGGAGUGCUUGCGACGGCUUCUUCUGAUAGAAAGGUUAUGUACUCUGCUCCGAGAGUGA